AUGCCAAACAACAACCUCCGCCUUAGAUAUGCAUUGUUUCUCGGCGCUGCUGCGGCAGUCUCCGCAAUUCCACUUGACCGCCGGGAGGCAGAGGAGAACUCGGAUUCUCUGAACCAGACAAUUGAGGAUGCGGUGCAUCUGGAUAAGGAUAUCCAAGCUGAGAAAAACGAGGUUGAAAGCGAUGACGAGAGUGAUGAUGAGGAUGACGAUGAUGAUGAUUCCUCCCGAAACGACUCCCGAAACCGCCCGCCCAUCAGCUCCACCAUCUCCGCCUCCCUCCCAACCACUACCUCCACCUCCACCUCCACCUCCACCACCGCCUUCGCCGACACCCUCCCCUCCGCCUCCACCACCACCACCACCACCACCACCCCCACCGCCCUCCCCAACAUCCUCCCCUCCCCCGCCAACACCCACAACCGCAACGCCGCCAUCGCCGGCGGCACCAUCGGCGGCAUCCUCGUCCUCGCCCUCAUCGCCUUCCUCCUCUACCGCUUCCGCAAAGCCCGCCCCUCCCCCACCGUCUACCCCGACGAGAAGUCACACCCCUACACCCACCCCUACCCCACCGCCCCACCCAGCACCCUCUUCGGCGGCGGCAGCAGCCAGCGCACCGGCGCCGCCUCCGUCGCACCACCACCCACAAUGCCAAAACCCCCGCCGCUCGUCUUCAUCAACCCGCCGGCGCACAGCGUCGACGUAGGCACCUUCUACCGCCCCGAGACCGCAAACCCCGCCACCACCACCGGCGCGGACCCCCUCCCGCCCGUCUACGAGGAGAUGCGCUCCCCGGGCAUGGAGUCGUCCAUCAGCCAGACAGAGCCGUACCCCGAGAAGGCCGCCGCAAGGAAGAUGUAUGCGUCGUUUGGCCCGCCGCCGGAGCCGCCGGUGGCCCAGGUGUCGAGGUUCUCGUGGACCACGAGGAGGAGCAGUGUCGAUAGUGAGGAGCCGAAGUUUAGGUCUGUCAAUAGCUGGGUCUCGAACCAGGCGGGACGGGACGGCGUGAAGGAGAAGCUGGCGCAGAUGGGGCUGAAGGCCCCGGGGGAGGUGCCGGCUACGCCUGUCGAGUUUAGGUUCCACCCUGGGGCGCCCGUGCAGUUUGGCGUGGGCCAUGGAAGGAUGGAGAGUGCGGAUUUGGAUAGGCAGUUGCAGAUGAACUUGGGGAGGCGGUCGUAA